UUUUUGAUAAGAUUUUUUAUCAUUCAUCCGGAUUUAUUAUUUAUUAUGUAUUUUAGUAUGUACUAUGUAGUAUACUUAAAACCACGGUAUAACUAUUUAAGUUAGUAUCUUUAAACAGUUAAAACAGACAUUAUAUUGUAUACAGUUUAAAAUCAGUUUUUUUUACCUAAUUACAAUACCAUGGAAGCUGCGGACGCUAUAUUAAAUCAGUGUGUUUUGCAAUCAGGUUUCCGAAAAAAUUACAAGGUGCCGGUGAACGACAAGAGCUCAAGAGUUGUUAAAAAAGAAAAAAAGGUAAUACAAAUAAUGUUAAUCAUUUUUGUUGAUUCAGUUAUUAUAUUGGACCAGUUACAUUCAGUUAGACGAAUAAGUUUGUUGUUCAUCGUUCAUUUAAUAGAAAUAUUGAAAACGAUAGAUGUCUGCUGGUGUAUCUGAAUGAAUGAAUGAAUGAAUCUUGAAUGGGUAAUAUGUUUACUGAAUAGUAACCAGUAGGUGUCAACUGAACGAUAGUUAUUGAAAGGUUCAUUGGCCAUUUGAUGUUUCAUAUCUAAAUCAUUCGUAAACAAAUUUGUUACACGUUCAGUACAUCUUGAAUGAGUGAAUUUGAAUGGAAUUACAGACUCCUUCACAAGUGUGACCAUAGCUGUAACCUAAUCCGUUUGUUUGCGAAUAUCACAUCACACCACAUUUGUUCAGCUGUUCGUUUGACCAUUUGUUGUUUUAUAUAUUAUCGUUCUACCACCAAUCAUUCAAUAACCUAGUUUGUUCGUAAAAGGAUACAUAUCUAUCAAUUAUAAUAUACCUAUUAUAGUUAAACAAUUUCAAUAAAAUACCUAUUAUAUGUUUAUAAUAAUAUUGGCACACAAUUUUGUUUAUGAAAUAAAAUGUAUUAAAAGAUUAUAAGCAUUUUUACACAGUUCGUGCUUAGACUAUAUCAAUAUAUGUAUCAUGCUUAGAUAAUGCAAAUCCUAAAUAUUUAAAAUAUUAAAAAUGUAAUAGUAAAUUAAUUAAACUAUAUUAAAGUGUCUCAUACACAUGGGCUAGUAAUGAAGACAAGGUGUAAGAAAAUAUUUUCUUCUGUUCAAAUAUCCUGGGUGAGAAAAUGUCUUCUUAAAAAUUGUACAACGUCUCCAUUAUUGAAAAAUAUACUUCAGAUUUCAAAAAGCCAUUAAUAUUGUAUUCUUUAUGAGAACAAAUUAGGCAGUUACCAUCAAUUGAAUAACAAUUGAAAAUAAAAACUAGAUAAUAAGAUAAUUAAGAUAAUAAUAGAUAAUUGUUCCAUUGUUGCAAAAUGUCAUAUACAUGUAAAUAUAUGUACAUGUAUAUACAUGCAAUUAUAAUAAAAAUAUCACCAGUGAAGUAUAUGCAAAAUGAAAUCUGUCAUGAUAACUUACCAAAGCACUCUCACAUAACUACUGGUGACAAAGAAAAUUAAUCAUAUUCUUAAUAUUUAAAAUAAGUAAAUAUUAAUUGUGAUAAUAUAAAAUUAUUAAUAUAGGUACCUAUUUAUUUCUUAUUGUUCAAAAUCUAGAGAACUCAGAAGUAGGUAAAUACUCUGGUAAAAAUGUGUAUGUCGCUGAAAUAGUCACUUACAUUUCCUUUUUUAUAGAUUAUUUAACAAUUUUUAUUAGUUUGCAUUAUUAUUGUUAUUGAGAUAAUUGCAAUUAAAUCAAAUUUAUGUAGGCUAAAACAUUUAAUUCAGUUAAUGUGUAUUUGUUAUUAUUUUUAUUCUGUUAUUUUUCUUUUUCUUUUAUUUUGUUAUGAAACUGAUUUCACACCUACAGCCAAAAACUUAUGAAGUGAUCCAACAAUGUUCCCCUAUGCUUUUAACUUGUUUAUUGUUGUUGUUGUUGUUGGAUAAAUAAAGCAUUAUUUUAGAUUAUGAACUGAUCGGGGAAUGUAUUGGUUUUACAAUGAUGUUUAUUUUAUUUUUUAAUUUUUCCUUUGAACAACUUUUCUACCAGAUAUUUUGCUCCAAUAUUCAAGUGUAGCACCCUUUUUCUAGGUGGUACUUUAGGGAGGGUUAAUUUUUUAUUUUCCAAGCAGUUUUCCUAAUAAUUAAAAAUGUGGCAAAGAUUGGAACAUUUACGAAUAAAUUAUUUUCAAUUUGGUUUUUUUUGUUGCGAUUCAGUUAAAAAUAUUCAUAGAAACCUCAAAUUUGAACAGAAAACUUAUAUUUGCCUUUUCUAGACGUGGUCAAAUUUAUAAAACAUUUGAGCUAUUUAUAAACAUUUUAUUUUGUUAUUUUUAAUAAGUACGUAAUUUUUUUCAGUAAGUACUCUGUGAAUAAAAUUGUUAGAUCAAACACAAAUGCUUAGAAAUUUAAUAGGUUUAAUUUAAGUAAUACUUUGUAGUAAAAAAAAAUAAAUAAGUGUACCUAUUGUAGAAUAUUCUUUUUAUAAGAAUUUUAUAACAAAUUUUGACAAUUAUUGUAAAUAUUAUAGCCUUUCAAAACAUGUAUAACCGAACAUCAUUCAAAAUUGUUUUUCGUUAGCAAUGAUUAAUUGUUGCAUACAGAUUUACAUUAAAUUUCCCUUUAUAUUCUACCUUUCUAACUUCUCACCUACAACAGAGGCCCACCCAUUGUACGAAGUAUGUAAAUCCUUUUUAAAUAUUUUAACUAUCAUUGAUUUCUGUUUUAAAAAGAAAUUUAGAUACAAUUAUUUUACCUAUUAUAGCUUGUCACUUAUUUUAACUUUAGAAAAAAAGGGUAAUGUUAUUAUUAUUGUUAUCAUUGUUACAUUUAUAAUAAUAAAACAGAAAUUAUAAAGAUAUUGUAUUAAAUAUAAGAAAAUGUACCUGUACAAAAAGUACAGUUGAAUAUUAUAAUUCUUUAUUUGUCUUAUAGUAAUUGAUAUGUAAUAUUUAAUAUUAUAUUGUAUCAGUGCAUGUUAUUGACAUUAUAUCAAUAAAUUUAAUUUGAUUAAAACAUUGUAUGUGGAUAGUUAUCAAUUAACAUUGUUUUUAUGUAAUAAUGUGUUAAUAAAAUAAUUUAUUAUUUACAUAUUUAAAUAUUGUGUUGUUAUUAAAUACUAAUUUGGAUUCAUUAUCUUUUUAUUUUUUUAGAAACAAGAAGCAAAAACUAAAGGCAAAGACUGGUUUAACCUGCCAGCUACUAAAUUGACAGAUAGUGUGCGACAUGACCUAGACUUAAUUCGUAUGAGGUCAGCAUUGGAUACUAAACGUUUUUACAAAAAAAAUGAAACGGAAGCUUAUCCUAAAUAUUUCCAAGUAAGAUUAGUGAAUUUUAAUAAUUUUUCCUAUUAAUGUAUUUACGUAAGAUUUUUUUUUUAGAUUGGUACUGUAAUAGAUUCACCGUAUGAAAGUAAAUCAGGUCGUCUCACCAAAAAAGAAAGAAAACGUACAAUGGUUGAUGAACUUUUAGCAGAUGUAGAAUUCAAACAAACCACCAAAAAACGAUACAAGAAUAUAUUAAUGGCAAAUCCUAAAAUGGCAGCAAAAAUAAGGAAAGAAAAUAGAAAAAUUAAAAAAUUAAAAAAGAAAAGAAAAUAA